AUGGGAUACGAAGAAACUGGAAUGACAAGGAUUCAGAAAGAGGAAACUUCUGUGUUGUCUCGAUUUGUAAAUGAGGUGUAUUUCAAACUUUCUUCUUCUUCAAUGUUGGAAAAAGAUGAUAAUUUCGGGUGGAUUCCUCUUUACUAUGCAGCACACUCGGGCAAUAGAGAACUCGUUGAACUAUUUCUAAACCAUGACAAUUCCCUUGCUUACAAAAAGAAUGAAAAGGGUAAGUCUACUCUUCACAUUUCAGCAAUCAAAGGGCAUGUUGAUGUGGUUAGGACAUUGAUCGACAAACGUCCCGACAUUUGUGAGUUGAAGGAUGACAGAGAUCGGACCGCUCUUCAUGUUGCUGUGGAAAGUAGAGAGGAAGAGGUGAUGAAAUUUUUAUUGGAAUCAAUAGCAUUUCAGGAUCUUAUAAAUGAGAAAGAUAAUGAAGGAAACACAGCUUUGCAUACAGCCUCUAGUGGAGGAGAUUUCAAAAUUUUACAAAUUCUGGCAAAUGACUCAUAUAUUGAUAGAGGGGCUACAAACAAGGGUGGCAUGACAUUUGCGGAAAUUAUCCUAUCAACCAAUCUACUCAACGACACUGAAAUUCUUGAAAUUAUGUCAGAGUUGGAAAGAGAGGUUGGUUUACUUGGUUUGGAAAGGAAGUUAAUAAGAGAAACAAAAGAAGCAGAGAAUGCUGAAAUAAGAAAACAAAAAGAGCAGCAAACAGAGCACAAGAAAUCGGAAGAAGAAAAAAGAGGUAAAGAUUUAGCAAAUCUCUGUUUAUUGAUAGCCACAAUCAUCGCCACCGCCACAUUCGCAGCAGCUAUCCAAAUCCCCGGCGGAUAUGACAACCAAGGCAUUGUAAUUUUAAAGGGAAAAUCAGAGUUCACACUUUUCAUAGUCUAUGAUUUACUUGCUUUUUUCUUAUCCACUUUCUCCAUUCUCAUCCAAUUUAGUUCACCGGCAUUGGGAAGAUAUAUAUUUCACAAUGAUGUUUGCCUUUGA